UUUCUGUCCCGCUUCCUUAUUUAACCAGGAUUUUGGCUGAACCAGACGGUGACAUGGGCCGUGGUUGUCUCUGUGUAGGAGGUUGGUACCUGUGUACAGGGUUGGUGCCUGCCAGGUGCCGCUCACAAGCACCAGAAAGGGUUAUAAUCUUGUGAAAGAAGACAUCGGGGAGGCACCAAGAUGCAGAGGAAUGCUGAGAAUAAGCGGGACCAGUACAGAAAGAAACAGGAGGAGAUAGACAAUCGGCUGAGAGAGGCAGGCAUGUAUGAGGAUGGCCUCAGCCAGGAGACAAAGGCUCAGCUGCUGCAGUUCCUGGAAGAAUCACGUGAAUCAGCACGCCUGGAAGAGGAAGAAAGGCAAAUCCUCCAAAGGAAGGAGCAGAGGAUAAUGGCUGAGACUCUCAGUAAAUCCUCCAUGCAAAAGGAAAGUGGUGGUAGCAGCAGCAGGUGUAGGAGGGUGGAGAUGGAUGUAGAAGAGGCAGUUGUAGUAAGCAGAUCAGCAGCUCGACACAUACGACAAAAGGCUGAACCAGGUCCUUCAGCAACUCCUAGGUCAAGUGUAGCAUCAGUCAACAAGUCCACAAGUGACCACGUAGCCAGACUGCACAAACAGGCCGAGGACGAGGAUGAAGAUCUUGUCCUUCUGCCACAAGAGGAGGUGGAUGAUCCUGAGUGUCAGGUUAUCAAGACCAGUAAUGAAUCCCCCAGCAGAGAAAUGGAACCCCUUAAGAUAGGCAAGAGAAAGAGCCUUGAAAGUGUUGAAGAAAUCACUCCCACUCCUUCUAGCCAGCCAUGCCCUUCCCCAGUGAUAAUUUCCCCCCUCAUUGGCAAGAGCAGAACGACCUCCACUAACACCAUCACCUCCACAGUGAUGUCGGAUGAUGAUAGUGACCCAAGCACGGUGUCACCACCACAUAAAUCCCAAAAGGUACAAGAGGAAAGACUUCCGAACCCUCGUGUAAUUCUGGUUCCCCUCAGUCAGACCAUUUCCCCAAGGAAGAAUACCAUCUCAUUCUCUGAGAAAGAGCAUACAUCACCUAGGAGUUAUACACCAACUACAAACAAUCUUACUCUCUCUCAUACAAAGAUUACUUCUCUUCACAGUUCCUCUCUAACUAAAAAAUCUUCCCCACGAAAGAGUUCCAUUUCAUCCCUUACGAAUUCACCUAAUUUCUCUGAAGAGACGGUCAUCUAUAACUCAAACUCUUCCUCCUCUUGUAAUUUGUCUACUUCAGUCACUCCUUCUCCUUCAAAAAAUGCCAGUGCUCAUACCUCAGUAAAGAAGUCAGGCACUACCAACUUCUCACAGAACUCAAUGACAUCCUCUAUCAGGAGGAACAUAGCUUCAUAUUUUGUGGAGGAUUCCAACGUUUCCAGGAAUUGUACAUCAUCUGUCAGUUCAUCUUUGGGAGCAUCUAUCACCAAGCCCUUUCCUUCCACCACCACCAUCACCACCAGUACCAUUACCACUACCAAUACCAAUACCAAUACCAAUACGAAUACCACCACCACUACCACUGCAAGUGAUGCUGCUGCUGCUACCUCAACAACCAUCACCACUACCACAUCAGACAAGGAGGUUGAGGAGCCAGAAAAUUCUCCAGAUGGUUUACCAGAGUCUGACCCGGAUGAUAAGAUCACCCUGCGUACUGCCAUACUGCGCAGUAUCAAUGUCUUCAACCCCAAACCAGUCCAUGAAGUGAUCCUUGAGCGAAAACGACCCUUCCCUUCAGAGGCAGUUGAUAAAUGCUAUUAUCAGGGCCCUAAUGAGUCUCGACAGCAGUGCAGGAGCAGAAUCCUUGCUUUAAUGAAUGAUAUGAAGGUUUGUUUGCAACAACAUCAGCGCACUCUCCCACCCCUUCCCAUGCCACAGCCUGUGACUGUUGACUGGCGGCUAAAGCAUUAUUCCCUGGAGCGCACCAGGCCAGCAUUCCGGCGGAUAGCACAGCGUAAGCAACUGGAGGAAGAGAUGCAGAGGGAAGAAUCUAAGCGAAGCACCCGUCAGGCAGCAAAGUUCUCCCGGGAGGCAUUGGAUCCUGUACCAGGCCCCAGCAAAACCGAAGAAACAAGUAGAGGGCAUAGAUUGGGCAACGGCAGGACGCUUGGCCUUCGGAGGGGCAAGAAAUCUGCCAUCAUCCCACUUCCAGAAGUGACCAGUGACUCGGAUUCUGAUUUGGAGACUGGCCGCAUCAGCCCACCCUUGCCUUCAUCAUCUCAGAACACCCCUCUGCCAUGCCCUCUGAAGGCUGGAGGCACAGUGCCAGAACCAAAGAAUAAGGCAGAGAGCCAGUCUCAGCAAUGUAGGAAGACUGUCUUGCUGGACUUGGGUUCUGAAGGCAGUGACAAUGAGUGCCUUUUGGAAUCUGGUGCUGCAAAGUCAAAUUCAAACCUGUGUCUCUCCCCUGAGAUGCACAGGGAUGUGGCAGCCUCCCCUACUGACCCUCCCUCAGAGCUGUGCAUCAUUGAAGAUGAGCAACCCCGCCCCAAGCUUGCACGCCCUGCCAUCAGAAGGGUAGUUCGUCAGGGCACCCGGAGGCCUAUGUCAGAAUCCACAGGCUCAUUUCCAACCAAAAUAAGGAAGAUUCACACCCCUAACACAGAAACCUCUACUACAGACAGAGUUCCCGAACAGACCAACCAGCUAUCACCAGACUCUUCGGACCUCACUCCUUCCUUUGAGGAUCCAAGUGAAUGGAAUACUGAGCAAAGACGAGACCAAGAAGAGGAGCAAGAGGGAGAAAAGAUCCCCUGUCCCAUAUGCCAAAGACUCUACCCUCUGCAGGAGAUUGAGAUGCAUGCAUCAGAUUGUGCAGAGUUGGAGGACAGUCAACAGCUGGAAUUAAACCAAGGCUCUAGAAGACCAAGGAGAAUGAAUGAAGAAACAGCUACUGCAGUAGUGUCCAGCAGUAACAAGUCCAAAGAAUGUAAUAAGAAGCAGAAGAGCAAAUUGUAUAAGGAGAUUUUGAACAACCCUGAGGAUCUCCAGUUCCAUUUCCAGUCCUGCAACAGGAUGGAAGAAGCGGAAGAUGAUGAUGAUUCACUUUUCCCAUCUACUUCCUGUUCUUCAUCUGCCGUCCGCCAGACUAACAGGAGGAACGUUAAGGUGCCUGGACAGACACUGACCCAGGAGGUGAUCAGGGGCAGGGGAGGAGCAUCUCAGGCAGGGAAUCUCCUUAGGAAUUUGGAAGACAAACCUUCAUAGCAUUUCUCGUGGUUAAUGGUUUUGCCUUUCGUGCCUCAGUUUCAGUUGCUUGUAAUGAGCAGUAAGUAUAUUUUCUAUUGGAUGAACUAAAUUUGUAGAGUUGAGAAUGAGAUGGUGUGUGGUGUAUAUGAAUCAUUAUUGGAUGUAAAAGCCAAUACUGUGAUGAAAAUAUAUUGCCAAUAUGUAUUAUUUUUUUCCAUUUUCUGUAAAAGAAAAGUCCUUGUAAAUGUGGCCUUUGUGUUAGUUGAUUAAAUGAUAUUCACAAGGACUAAACUGAGUGUAAUGUGAGUUUAUUACUGGAUACUUCUUACCAUUAUACCAUGUAACAAGAUUUUGAACAAAAGAUUAAAAAAAAAAUUUUUGUAG